AUGCCGGUAUUUCCUCUGCACGGUCUGGCGGUUUGCUACGCAUCGCUCCUCUUUCGGGAGGCGCUGGGCCACCGGUUGAAGGCCGCACGAGAGGUGAUGGAGAUCUCCGACACGGAGGAGGUCGAAGGCAUCGACGACUACCCCCUCGCGUGGGAUUUCGAUCAGAGCUGGGUUAACUCGACGAAUUAUGUGCAGGUCUUGAAGGAUGUCCAGAAGCGGGUGGAGAAGAUGCAAUCGGGUUCUUCUUAUCCCGGGCCGCGCGAGUCGACGAGGCUGAUCCGAGAACUCUGGAUGCUUACCGAUCAGAAACUGGCAGAUGAUAAGACCUACCGAUGCUUCGACUUCUGUGUGGUGUGCGAGCCGUCGACAGAGGAGCUGGUACAUGAGCUGGUACAUGACCGCCGGCUGAAAUCCAUCGCAGUCACACGCUCCAAAGGCUGGAAGGACCAGGUCAAGAUGGCCCUCGUAGCUCCAUUAGAGGUUGCCGGUGGUCUCGUCGGCGGCAUCUUCGACGGGCUGCUUGCCGCAGGUGUCAUCGGGAUCGGCGGCGGAGUCAUCGCAGGCGAAGCGAUGGCGGACAAAAUCGGCCCUGGCUUUCUCAGCCUGCUGACGGGCCUCGUCUCGGGAGCCGUGAGCACUGCAGUGGUGCUCCCCUUCGCCACAGCGGUGCUUCCGUUACUCGGCGCGGUCCAAGGCAUUGGCAUCACAAAGGCCCUGACGAACUGCGGCCGGGUUGGCUUCAAGACCGCCGAGGACGGCAAAUUCUUGAAGGACCAGCCCUUCGAGACCCAUUUCGGCGACAGCAACUACGGCUUGAAACGACUCAGGACUGCGAUGGGCUACAACAAGUCCACGUCAGAGCAGCUGAAGAGGUCUCCUAGGUCGAAUUAUUUCCCGAGUCUUCCGGGUGACCUGUUCAGAUGGGACACGUCGCCCAGUCAGGAGCUGCAGAACUACAAGGCCAUGUCACACUGCGAAUAUCUUCGCAGGCGGCCGUUCGACAUCCGCCACGCCAUGCUCUGCAUGCGGCAUUCCAUGCUUUGUGGAAAACGUGGCGGCAUGGUGAUCCCCGCGACGAGCGAUGACCGGUGCGCUCGCCAGUCCGCUCCCUUCUGGUCCAACCCAGACACUCAGAUCUUCCGCGUGUUCAAGGAGAGAAAGGAGAGGGCAGAGUGCGUCGUGCUGCUUUGUGCCCACCAGCAAAAAAUGUUGAACGGCACCUCAGAACCCAAGGAGGACUUGGAGAAGGUCAACUCCUGCCAUCGGAAGUAUUUCCCAAAGGGAUCUCAUUUCGUACAGGCAGGCUCUUGGCCGGAUUUUAAGGAAUACUGCGACUACUGGGCGGCAUGA